AUGCCUUACGAUCUCACAGUUGCUAUCCCGACCCUGGUUGGCAGCUUGCUGUCAGCUGUCGCAACCUCUUGUGUUCUCAUCUCGUACAUUGUGUACGCUGAUCAGCAACGGUCUUUUCGUCACGCACUGGUUCUCAACCUUGCUUUGGCUGAAUUCAUUAAUUCGCUAAACAAUUCAAUAUCUGGAAUCUAUGCGAUCGUGAACAGGGGUAAUAUUGCAGAGGGUCCAGCAUGUAGCCUCAAUGGUUGGGUAGGUCAGUGGUCUGUUCAGGCUGCCGACUUCUCAAUCCUAGCCAUCGCUGUCGUAACACUCCUUACGAUCACCCGCAAGACUUACAUGCCAAACGCCUCCCUUUUGAGCAAGGUUCUCAUUUGCGCAUCCGUAUGGGUUAUUCCCACCAUCACAGCGACUGCAGCCGCGGGACUGGAGGAACUGAAACCUGUUAGCGGCAACUGGUGCUGGAUAUCCGGAAAACGUACGGAUUUACGCUACGCUUUAGGUCACGGUUGGAGAUUCAGCAUCAUCCUCGGAACCAUUGGGAUCUACAUCUACAUCUGGGUGUAUAUGCGACGACACUUCAUACAGUUACAUAAUCUUAGCGGAGGAAGAUCUUACGGCCAAGGAAGCUCUCACAAAGCUGCCAAACGCCGCACUUUCCACAGAGAUAAUGCCAUUGAGUUAAGGAGCGAGUCGCAGACGGAGCUGCACGAGAUCAAUGUCGAGUACCGCUAUGAAGUCAAGCAUUCUGAUGGGAGGAGCGGUGCCAGUCUCGGAAAGGACCUUGACAUUGAAUCCUCGGUGGGCGACAACAGACGCCCUAGUGAAACCACACUCAGCUCCCCAUUGUCACCAGUAAGCCCAUACAUCAAGGAUCCAUCAGCCUUGACCAAAGAUUUCCCUCCUGCGGACAGCGUACGAAACGUCGCAAUAGCCAUGCCCGGAAGCACUGCCAAAGUUGCGAUCUCCGGAGCCUACGAGUCCGGAACCACUCCCCAGCGCAAUGGAGCCAGUCCUCGGGACCUGGAGCGAGAAAUCAAGAGAAUGCUACUGCUAAAUGCAUAUCCAGUGCUGUACAUUAUCUUGUGGUUGCCUGGUAUUCUCAAUCGCCUGGUGGAAGCUUCAGGUCACUCAAGCUACCCAUUGACUGUCCUACAGUGCUCAACACAGUAUAUCGGUCUGGCGAAUGCUAUUACAUAUGGGUUCAAUGAGCAUUUGAAGACGACAGUUAGACGGGAUUUUGUGAAGUGUACUUUGCGCAACGCUACCGAGUCUCCACUUCUGCGCCUUCCAGCUGAGCUAAGGAAUCAGAUUUAUGAAUAUGCGCUCGCCGUCGAAGUUUGGUACGACGGCAGCUAUAUUUACCAUGUUCCAGUUUACAGUCGCCGGGAUGAACUUCAACUCCUCAGUCCGUUGCGCCUGUGCCGUCAGAUUCAGCAUGAAGCGGCCUCGCUACUUCAUUCACUCCUUAUCCUCGCAAUCAGAAAUUCAUGGUUAGGGACGUCUGUCAAGAUGACUCAAGAGACAGAGACCAAGGCAGCGCACGCGCGAAUCACGGCUGCGAACCAGCGCAAUUCUCCUCUUCUACGACUGCCAGCCGAGCUCCGGAACCGAGUCUACGAGUAUGCGCUGGGAGGCCAUGAGAUCCGGUUGACAACGCCCACCUGGAUGACAACGCCCAUCCCGGAGACCAAAACCAAGAUAUACCUGUAUCGAUGGGGAGUUGUACCAGCUUUUACAUUGCUGAAAGUAUGCUCCCAAAUUUACGCCGAGGCAGCGCUUCUCCCAUACAGCCUUAAAACUUUCUUUUUUGAUGGAACUCUCAGUCUUGAUCUUUUUGUAAAAGAAUUCCCUAUAUCAGCCACACAAGCCAUUAGAAGACUGACGCUCAAUUAUUGGACCGAAAUGGGUUUGUUCAGAACUUUCGCCCGGAAUGUCGUUCCAUUCCAAGGCCUUCAGGAAAUUGGAUUUGAACGUCCAGCGAUAUCCGAGCUCCUAGAUUACUGUUCAGAGGGAGAGGAAGCUAAGCUUUCGAAUGAGUUGACGGAGCUGCAGGCUGAGAUGCCUAAUCUCAAAGUCUUUGUGCGUUAA